GGAGGCUGUGGACUAUUUGCUUCCGACAUAGGAACAGCAUUGGGUUGGGAAUCUGCACUCCUGAGAGAAUGCUGGGAAUCUGCAGAGGGCGACGGAAAUUCCUGGCUGCCUCUCUGACCAUCCUUUUUGUCCCAGCCAUUACGUGGAUUUAUCUGUUUGCUGGGAGCUUUGAAGAUGGGAAGCCAGUGUCACUGUCCCCACUUGAGUCCCAGCCCCACAGUCCUCAGUACACGGCGUCGAGCCAGCGGGAACGCGAGAGUUUGGAAGUUCGCAUGCGGGAGGUGGAGGAGGAGAACCGUGUGCUUCGCAAGCAGCUCAGCCUGGCACAGAGUCGCAGUCCCUCACACCACCAUGGCAAUCACUCCAAAACCUACUCCAUGGAAGAGGGCACGGGCGACAGCGAGAGCCUGCGGGCUGGAAUUGUGGCGGGGAACAGUUCCGAGUGCGGGCAGCAACCAGCAGUGGAAAAGUGUGAGACCAUCCACGUUGCCAUUGUUUGUGCAGGGUACAAUGCCAGUCGGGAUGUUGUCACACUUGUCAAGUCUGUCUUAUUUCACAGGCGAAACCCACUCCACUUUCACCUCAUCGCAGAUGCAAUUGCCAAACAGAUCCUGGCAACUCUGUUCCAGACAUGGAUGGUCCCUGCUGUGCGCAUAGACUUCUAUGAUGCAGAUGAGCUUAAGUCGGAAGUGUCUUGGAUCCCCAACAAACACUACUCUGGGAUUUACGGGCUGAUGAAGUUGGUUCUGACUAAGACUCUACCUUCCAAUCUUGAGCGAGUCAUUGUCCUCGACACAGACAUUACCUUUGCCACUGACAUUGCUGAGCUCUGGGCCGUCUUUCACAAGUUCAAAGGGCAGCAAGUUCUUGGCUUAGUGGAGAACCAGAGUGAUUGGUAUUUGGGCAACCUUUGGAAGAAUCAUCGGCCUUGGCCAGCACUUGGGAGGGGCUACAACACAG